AUGUCUCCAUCAAUCGCCCUGUCUCUCACCGCUCAGUCAAUGCCGCCUACCCCGGCUAGUCCGGCGAGCGUUCUCCCUGAGCUUGACCUCACUAUCUCACCCGAGGAUUGUCACGGAGCGGUCGGACUCCCAGAGACUGAGGUGAAGAACAUCAUCCGCAACACCGCCAUUCUUCUUUACAGGGCGGAGAAGGCCGCUCCGAUCUGGAGGCGUAACGUCCGUAAUAAUCGUCACAGCCUCCGCUUCUUCAUCAGCCGCAUAGAGGGCGAUCAGUCCUCGAAUUCCCCGUCGUCCGAAGCCAUCAUCAACCCGCCAGGAGCCUUUACCGCCGGCCGCCAACCCUCGACGAAGCCGCCGCCGAAGCUGGCAGAGCUUGCGGCGUUUGAGGACCUGUACUACGCCACUUGCUGCAAGAUCAGAGAGCUACACGCGGACAUCGCGCUGCGCGCCACGCACUUCGGCGCCGACAUGCUACAAACCUCACUAUCCGGCGGCAGGGGCAGCAGGACCCUGCACGACUUCGCCACCAUCCUCUGGGCGCACUGGGCGUUCCUCAACGACCCGGCCCUCAUCACCACCCUCGCCUCCGCCGUGCGCGCCGCCUCCUCCACGUCCCUCUGGGACACCAACAACAUGCCCGUCGGCGCCAUCAUGGCACUGCUGUGGGAGAAGCAGCAGCAGCAGCAGCAGCCCGAGCCGUUUCGUGUCUUCGCGGCACGUCUUCCCCGCGCCCCCGCCAAUACGGCGAAGCCUCUCCCCCCGCUCCCCACGCUCGAGAGGGCCCAGCGGUACGUGGUGGCGGGUGGGCUGGCCCGGCUUGAGGAGAGAGGAGAGGUGGUGGUGCCGGGGCUGGUGUUGCCCCAGUAUGAGAGCGUGGCGGUGGGGUGGGAGGAGAUGGAGGGGAUGGUGGAGAGGGUGGUGAUGGCGGAGAGGGUGAGGAGGGGCGAGUUGGGGGAUGGGGAGGGGGUUGAGCGAGUGGUGGAGGGGAAGAAGAGGAGGGGUUUUGGGGGGUGGAGGAGGAUGAGGUGGUGGUGA